AUGUGGUGUCUGUGGGACCAAACCACAGCCAUACGCUGGACUCGGGAGCUGGACUCGGGAGCUGGACUUGGGAGCUGGACUCGGAAGCUGGACUCGGAAGCUGGACUCGGAAGCUGGACUCGGAAGCUGGACUCGGGAGCUGGACUCGGGAGCUGGACUCGGGAGCUGGACUCGGGAGCUGGACUCGGAAGCUGGACUCGGAAGCUGGACUCGGAAGCUGGACUCGGGAGCUGGACUCGGGAGCUGGACUCGGGAGCUGGACUCGGGAGCUGGACUCGGGAGCUGGACUCGGGAGCUGGACUCGGGAGCUGGACUCGGGAGCUGGACUCGGGAGCUGGACUCGGGAGCUGGACUCGGGAGCUGGACUCGGGAGCUUUGAUUUGCUGUUUCCAGCCAGACAGGAAGGAGACGGACCUGAAGAGGAAGUGCAUCAGUAAUGCCCAGGCACCGAAUGCUCUGCCCGUCUCCGGUUCCGCCAGCACAGCCCUCAUAGUGCUGGUCGUAAUAGUGAUUCUUCUGUCCAGUGCCGUCACCGGAGUUUGGCUGGUCAAAAAGUACAUCUGUGGUGGAAGGUUCCUGGUGCACAGAUAUUCAGUGAUGAGGGAGAAUGUUGAAGCAAAUAAAAUUGAGGGAGUGGACGAUGUGGACACAAACUACAUGGAGACGGUGAAAGCGCAGUACAACGAAGAUUCAGACCAGGACCUGUUAGCGUAG